ACGCAUUAUCACUGAUAUCUGCGACAUACGGAGACUUCCUGUUAAAACGAAAGUAAACUUUGUGCGUGGGCGUGUUUGGGAGCUGCAGGUGUGUCCAGGUGUGGGUUCGUUGGGUCAGCAGAGGAUUUAACGGGACUUUGUGUCGGUUUGAGUUGUUUUUAAAGGAGGAUGAAGACGCUGGUGGUGUUCCUGCUCCUCAUGAACGUUUUUCAGCAUGCCCUGGCUGUCGUAGUGGAGGUGUAUGAAGAGGAAAACUCUGUAAUGUUGCCUUGUCAGUUCUCCAGUUAUAUACCUAUACACCCAACAGUGAUGUGGAAUCGCAAUGACAUUGAUCCCAAAUCUGUCCAUGUGCAACGAGAACGAGGAGAUGAUCUUAGAGGACAAAACCAGCAUUACAGAGGACGCACAUCAAUGAAGCCUGAUGCUAUGGACACUUCUGAUUUCAGCCUCACUCUGAGAAAACCAACAAAAGCUGACAGUGGCAACUACACCUGCUCCAUCACAGAUGGGAGCGAAGAAACAAGACUGGGAGAUAUACAACUGCAGGUCAAAGAUAAGCAGGUGGAGGUGAGUGUGGGUGAAAGGUCAGAGUCUGUCAUCCUGCCCUGCAAAACAAAACCUGACCUGCCUGAGGACGCCACAGUGGAGUGGACUCGCUCUGACCGAGAACUGAAGAUUGUCCGUGUCCAUGCAAACGGAAGGGACCGCCAAAAUAACCAAAAUGACCUUUACUGUGGCCGUGCAAAGAUGAAUGAAGAUCUGCUGAGAACUGGAGACCUCAGUCUGACCCUGAAAUACCCCACAGAGAGAGACAGUGGAGGAUACAUCUGCACCAUCUACAGGGACAAAGACAUCCUGAGACAGAAAGUCGUGCUGCAGGUCAAAGUUUCCCAAUACACCUCAAUUAUCAAGCUGCAUGUAGGGCACCCACUUGUUAUGCUGCCCUGUGAGUUUCACACUUUUGAACUGAGGGACGCUAUAGUGGUGUGGAGUCGCUCUGACCUCAGUCCUCCAACCGUCCACCAACGUCAGCUUCAAGGAGACGAACUGAAAAAUCAAAACCAGCGUUACAGCGGCCGAACAUCCAUGAAGACUGACGCUCUGGAAACUGGAGACCUCAGCCUGAACCUGACCAACCUCCAACUGUCUGACAGCGCCACCUACACCUGCUCUGUCAGAGCAUUUGGGCUAGGACACCACACACUGAGAGAGGUGCAAAUGCAGGUCACAGAACCGUUUCCAUCCUGGGCCAAAGCUCUCCUGGUUCUCCUGGUUCUUCUUGUGGUUUCUGGAGGUCUUUUAUUUCAUUUCCGGCACUAUUUCAUGUCAGUCCCCCAGGUGGAGGUGGAUUCAGGGGUGGAGUCUGUCCAGCUGCCCUGCAAAACCAUAGUUUGCCUGCCUAAAGACGCUAAAGUGGAGUGGAAGGACAAAGACAACAGGAAGGUCCACGUGUAUGAGAACGGCUCUAACCAGCCUGAAGAACAGGACGAUAAAUACAAGAACCGAACAAAGAUGAAGAGAAACCUACUGGAACCUGGAGACCUCAGUCUGACCCUGAAAUACCCCACAGAUAGAGACAACUCCACCUACACCUGCACCGUCUACAGCAGGGAGGGAAACAUCCUGAUGGAGAAACAAGUGGAGCUGAAAGUCAGAGUCCCCCAGGUGGAGGUGGAUUCAGAGGUAGAGUCUGUCCAGCUGCCCGGCAAAACCACACUUCACCUGCCUGAAGACACUAAAGUGGAGUGGAUGGACAGUAGCUAUGAUGAGGUCCACGUGUAUGAGAACGGCUCUGACCAAAAUGAAAAACAGCACCAGUUUUACAGAGACCGAACGAAGAUGAAUGAAGACCUGCUGAAAACUGGAGACCUCAGUCUGACCCUGAAACACCCCACAGAUGGAGACAACUUCAUCUACACCUGCACCGUCUACAGCAGGGAGGGAAACAUCCUGCUGAAGAAACAAGUGGAGCUGAAAGUCAGAGGUCAGUGCUGUAAAUACAGGUCAGAGGUCACAGGUCAUGCAGGAGUUUGUUCUCUAAAAGCUUUUAGUUUGAAUCUAUUUUCAGUUCAUUCAAAUAAAAUAAAUUCUUUGAUGUUUUGAUCUAAAAGCCAAAAAUAUCGGGCGGAGCAACUGUGUGUUUAAAUGAACAGACUAAGAAGACUAUUACAAAUCAUCCUAAGUUUGGGGUUGGUGACUUGUACAGAAUGAGAGGCACCCUGAACCAAAACGGCUACCACUGCAUUCAGCAACACCACCCAGAACCCUCUGCUAGUUGGUCAGGGACUCAUCCUACAGCAAGAUAAUGACCCAAAAGUGCAAGCUAUGCCAGAACUACCUCAGAUAAAAAGAACAAGGUGAUAAGCUUGAAAACAUGGAGCGUCCAUCAAGUAUCCAGACUUAAACCUCAUCAAGCUGGUUUGGGAUGAAUUGGACAGAGGAGUGAAAGCAAAGCAGCCUACAAGUGCAACAUUUAUGGGAACUUCUGCAACAGAUAUAGAAAGAACUUUCUGAAGAAUAUUUGAUUUCUAUUGUAGAAAGAACACCCCAGGUGUGUUCAGCUGUUAUAUCUGCCAGAGGUGGUUACUUUGAGUCAAUAGUUUAGAAUACAUUAUGAUGUAUAUAUUUAUUCCAUGAUUUAUUUAUUUAUUUUUUUUAAGUCCAAUUGCUUGUACUAUGCUUUCACCUCAG